UUAAUUUUUUUCUAAAAAAUUUGAAGAAAAAGGAAAAGAAAAUUACUUUCUCCCAUUAAAUUCAAAGCUCAAUUUUCCUUUAUCUUUUUCCUUAAACCCUUCUUAUUUUCCCUCUCUUUUUCUGUCCUCCUUGCUAGCCGCCUCAUGGACCAAGCAAAGAAAAAUCAAAGCAAAUAAGAAGCAAAGACCCUUUUCUCUUAUAUUCUCUUCUUCUUUCUCUCUCGGCUAGUUUUUCUUAGUUUUGUUCAGAUUCCUCGAUCAAAAAAAUUCAUUCUUUUUCUUUCUUCCCUCUACUUCACUUUGGUUUAAUCCGAUUCCUUAUCGUGUUUUCCUUUCUGGGUUCGUUCUGAUUCUAAAAUCAAACCACACUUUUCUCCAUAACUUUGCUCUGUUUUGAAUUUUUUUUUUUAUUCGUUCUGCUUCAAAAGCUUUGUUCCUCCUUUUUUCGAAGAAUAUGGGGUUUUCUAAAAAAUCUCAAAUUGAUGGAGGCUUCGAAUCAGAAGGAAAAAAAUGGGUUAUAGCCGGAAUUUCAGUACGAAGCUCUUUGAAGCCAAUAAAGACGAAAACCCUUAAAGCCAAAGAUUGUGAAAGCGACAACGGUGAUGAUUACGACAGUGAGUCGUGCUCAACGACUCCAACAAGCAAAGAAUCGAGAAUACCAGAGAGAUUGAGGUGUCCACCAGCUCCUAGAAAGCGAAGACCUUCUUCCAGAUGUAAUUUCAAUGGCGUUAAAGAGUUCUUUGCAGUACCAGACUUGGAAACUGUAUUCAUACGCCAUGUCGAGAAAGCUAAUUGACUUGAGGAUUAGACUCACUUAGCAAGAUAAGAAGUAGAGUUAGAGGUUUUUCUUUUCUUCUGUGUUUUUUUUUCUUACUUACUAUUUGUCUUUUUAUGUUAAUCUUUCUCUUUCUCUUUCCGGGGUUUGUUAGAGAAGAGCUUGUAAUGUACAAAGAUAUCAUAUUUAUGCAAUGAGCAUUCUAAUUUGGGUCAA